CAGGAGUCCCCAACAUGGCGCAACAGCAUCAACGCUUCCGUCCACAUAAACACCGGUUCUGGCUGCUUUCCCUCAGAAUCUGGAAGUGCAGUUCGCUGGCAAACAUCAGGCUGUUAGUUGGUGUUACUUGAUUCCUCAAAAUGACGACCGAUGUAUACAUUAAAUUGACAUCGGGCCGGGUAUAUCAUAUGCCCGUCCCGAAGUACGAGACGGUCCGUCAAGUAUGCGAGAAAGUAGCGGUGGAGGAAGGGGUGCCUGGCAGCAGUCUACGGCUGAAAUAUACCGGCAAAGUGCUGAACAAAGACCAUACGAUGGAUUACCUCGGUGUUCGACCUGAAACGAUUCUUAAAUCUGACAUCAUACAAGUAAAAUCGCUGACAGUCGUCAUCAAACUUCCCUCAGGUGAAACCCUUCCCCUGACGAUCCAAAAUGUCACCACUCUGCAGGAGAUCAUUGCAAGAAUCAAAGAUAAGCUGGACAAACAGGGAGUAGCCAACAAUCUAAUCUACAAGUUGAAACUGAAAGGUAAGAUUUUGACUGGUGAUAAGAGUCUGGCUGAAGACCUUGGUGUUGAAGAUGAGGCAUUAUUGGAAGUUGUAGAACAAGCUGCUAGCGCUGCUUACUAUGAUGAACCACAACGGGAGGAGGAAUUAGAUCCAGCAAUUCUGGAGGAGCUGCUUGCUAAUUUUGCUGAUGGAUGGGAUAAAAACCGUAAAGUUGAAGUAGUCUUUUCCUUCGACACAACUGGUAGCAUGUAUGAAUCUCUGAGUGAGGUGAGAAUUAAACUAGAUAACACAGUCUCUCGCUUGCUGAGAGAUAUCCCAGGUAUAAAGAUUGGAAUCAUGUCCCAUGGAGAUUAUUGUGAUCAGAGUACCUACGUCAUACGUUCCAUUGAUUUGACUUCCAAUACUGAGGAUCUACUGACAUACAUCAACCGUGUACCACGAACUGGAGGAGAAGGACCAUAUGCUUGCUAUGAGUGGGUGUUACACAAAGCCCAGGAACUGUCUUGGAGUGAAGAUGCAGCAAAGGCAUUGGUCAUUAUUGGAGAUGUGAAACCACAUGCAAUCAGUCACACUGACCAACGCAUUAACUGGCAUGAGGAACUGGAGAAGUUGUGUCAAAUGGGUGUGAAGAUUUAUGGUGUCCAAGUCAGGAACAGUGAUUCUGACAAGAACUUCUACCAAGAGCUGGCUGAGAAAUCCAGCGGAGCUUUCAUCAAGUUCCAACAUUUCAACUAUCUGACUGACAUGUUCCUUGCUGUGUGUUACCGGGAAGCAGGGGAAGAGCAACUACAGCAGUAUGCAGAGGAGGUGAAACAGGAAGGUAGGAUGACUGAAGAGCUGACAGACAUGUUCCAACAACUAGAGGAGAACCCCUCAUCCAUGACAAUGGAAAAAGAUGAAGACGGCAAGGAGAUACCUAAAGAGGGCCCUCGCUAUGUAGCAGAAGCAUGGUGGGAUCCUGAGUUGGACCGUGGUAGCCCUGUUUAUAAAUACUCCACAGACAACGACCACUGGUCUAGAGUUCAAGACUACACACAUACAUCCUAUGUAUCGACAUCAGCUCAUGGCUCUACCUGGUCCAAGAAAAGUCACAAGUUUAGAGGCAACAAAGGGAAGAGCUGUUCAAUCAUGUAACAGGAAUGGUAAAUACCUUGGAGAAGUGACUCGGUGUCAGACAGUCUCCCUCAGAUUAUUGCUAUGGUUACAUUUUGUCAAAAUUUACGGUCAUCUUAGAAAUUGGUAAGUUCCACCCUAACGUGGGCAUAAUGUAACAUUGUCUACUAACAUAAAAUGGUCUUUGAAUUGUAAGGAGACUGAAGUAUCUCACCAUUCAGUAUAAGUUUACAUGGAUGUAUGUUUGCUUUAAAAAUGCUGUUGACUUUAAAAGGCAGAAAAUCUGGCUUAGGGCUCCCUCACAGGGUUCACUCAAAUGAAAGAAUCUUGACUUUUAUUGGUUCAUGUAUUUUAUAACGUGCUGUUGUGACAAAAAAUCACUUAAGUUUAGGCACUGACUACUGAAUAAUAUGACAGAAGAAUCUCUCAAUCUUUACAACAAUUUGUGUAAUUUUUUUGUAUUGCCAAUUAUACUUGCUGUGUAUAUUGCUUUGUAAAACUUUGGUAUAUUUCACAUUAUUUUUGGGCCAACCAUGCCCCUCAUACUUUUUUUUUUUUAUUUGGUAAAUUUGAACAAGUCUUGUUUCAUUCCUGUGUUGCUGUAUAGAACACACAUUUAUUAAAAAAAAAUGUAAACAAAUGCUAAUCUAAAAAUGAAUUUCUACCAAGAGCUGUUUAUAAAUUUCUGUUUGUUCUCAAUAUGGCAUGGCCAUUAAGACUCCCAAGGAAGCUGUAUUUAGGAUUUAGAUAAUCGCUAGAGCGUGUGGUGACAAUGAUGUUUUUCUGAAGAGCACUGUUAUUAAAUGGUUUGACAUAUGCCAUCAGCCAGCGAU